CGAAAAUCAUCAUACUAAACAUACUCGAAAUCCCAUGCUAUGCAUUCUUAGUUUUGAUUAAUUUAUUGUAUUAAUAUUAAGCACUUGUUGCUGCCUAUUGUAGUUAAUUAACUUCAAUACUAAAAUGCAAGUUUCUCCAUCACUGCUUCUCCGUAUAUUCUAUCAACACACGACGUAAAUUCAAGCUAAGCACACCGUCACACUCGAAACCGGUAUAAAAAUGGGAGGACUUCUAUCCUCACCCAAGACUGAUAAAUAUAACGAAACUGGUUGUGGCAAUGGACUUCGAUAUGGAAUCUCAAGCAUGCAAGGCUGGCGUCUUUCAAUGGAAGAUUCUCACUGUGCUAUAACACAACUUCCUGGAAACCUCAAGGACUGGUCGUUCUUUGCCGUUUUUGAUGGCCAUGCAGGUGCCUUGGUAUCAGAGCUCUGCGCCACAGAACUUUUGAAGUGUAUUGUGGAUACCGAAGAAUUCAAGAAAAUUAACCCUGAUUUAGCACCUAGUUUACAAGAAGUCGAACGUGGUAUUCGCGAUGGUUUCCUGUCUUUGGAUGAUCGUCUUCGACACCUUCCUCAGCUUGCUAGUGGUGAAGAUAGAUCAGGAUCAACUGCUGUCUGUGUACUCAUCACACCUAAACAUAUCUUCUUUGCCAAUUGUGGCGAUUCUCGUGCCAUACUCAUUCGAAAAGGUAAAGUUGCCUUUGCUACAGUUGACCAUAAGCCUGUAAAUCCAAACGAGAAACAGCGUAUACAAAAUGCCGGUGGUUCCGUUAUUAUACAAAGAGUAAAUGGCUCUCUUGCAGUUUCUCGAUCAUUAGGCGAUUAUGCCUUUAAAGCUGCCAAAGAUUUGGGUCCUACGGAACAACUUAUAUCUCCGGAACCUGAAAUCACUGUUGUUGAUCGUGAUAAAGAUUUGGAUGAAAUUAUCGUGUUGGCCUGUGAUGGCAUUUGGGAUGUUUUGACUAAUGAAGAACUUUGUUUACUUUUGCAAAAUCGUAUGAGAUGCGUUGAUGACCUGUCAAUGAUAUGCAAUGAAACUAUUGAUAUGUGCUUGUAUAAAGGUAGUUCUGAUAAUAUGAGUAUGGUUUUAGUAGCAUUUGACCCUGCUCCUCGAGUAGAUCCCACUUCCAAAACAGAAGAUGAAAAUUUAGAAUCUGUUUUAGUACAACAUACUAAAGAAUUUCUGGAAAAACAUAUCAAAACAGAAGUAACCACUGAAAUGGUUGUACAUCACUUGCAAGAAUCUGUUGGCAGUUUAUCUUCGGGAAAUUGGCUUUGCAAGAUUGGUAAAAUUCAAGAGUUGAUUGAUUCACAUCGUCUGACUUGUUCAAAUCGAGUAGUGCAAAACCGAUAAACUUACCUGUUCUCUCUUUCUUCUUCUUUUUCUUGUUCUUCCAUUUUCUUUUUCCUUCUUUUUUGUUCUUUCGAAAAGUUUUUUUUUUCUGUAUGUGUGUAUCGACUGUCUUGUGUUACACUUCUGCUUUGUGUGUAUGCCUGUGUGUGUGUGUGUGAGAGAGAGUCUGUGUCUAUGUAUGUAUGUGUAUUUGUAAUAGAAUGUUUAUUCCUUCGGUCGCGAUCUAUUUUUGUUUAAUUUUUUUCUUGUUUGUAAUAUGUUGAAAAUGAAUAUUCUUACAUUGUUGUUCCAUUCAUCUAGUCACCAGUCAUUGGUUAAUUUCAAUGGUUGACUUGUUGUUAAUGAUGAUGAUGAUGAUGAUACUAUGAAUUGUGUAUAUUUGAUCUUGUUGCAACACUCUUCAUUUUUCACCGGAAAUCAGUAUUAUUUGUAUUAUAUAUAUAUAUAUAUAUAU